ACCGGCGUUACGGCUGUCAGUUCAGUCUUCAUUGUUAGUUCGGUUAGUUUUACGUUGUUGUGGAUAGCCGAGUUUGGAAUACUUGAUUAAGGCGUUCGCCUCCUAUUUAUUAUUCUUCGUAAAAUUAACCGUGAACAGCAUAAUCCAAAGAAGAAGGUAUCAACGUAACUGCCAAACUCCAGACUCGUCUUGCCUGUCCAACAACACAGAAUUCACCUAACGCUAUGCCCAUUGUAGGUGGUGGGGUAUUAGAUUGCUUAUGUCCCAUUCAUUUCGACUAACUGCUGCUGAGGUUGACUCGCACCAAAUCCCUAUGAUGGAACGGGCACCUUUUAAGACACCUGCUGCAACAUUUGGAUCUUUUCCUGCUGCACCUGGCUAUCAAUCAGUCAUUGAAAAGGAAAACCGAGAAGGCGGGCAGCGAGUGGCGAGUAUUAGUUCUCCUUAUCCCGGUCCAUCACAUUCAGUUGCAAUGAUGACCUCAUCUAUCAGUUCCGAUGAAGACAUGCUAGACAUCACAACAACAGGAACAACUCAGGAGCGUACUUCGUUUGAUAACGAAUCUCGUAGCAUUGCAUCACCUGCCGGGUUAGGGGAAAUAACAGCCGAAGAUAUACCCGGAAUUGGUCAGUACGAUGAUUUUCAGACUAUUGACUGGCAGCGCGAUCUAGCUCGUGAUAGAAUGCACCACCGUUACAUCAAGAAACACAAAGAUGAAUCGAUUCUAUCGGCUGUUAAAGCUGCUCAUGAUGCUUGGUCUGGCUGGGUUUGUGUUCUUUCUGUUGGUGUAGCCGUGGGUGCCGUAGCCUCGUUCAUCGACAUUGGAACAACCUGGAUGACUGAUCUGAAAUAUGGAAUUUGUCCUGAUGCGUUUUGGUUCGACCGAGAGCAGUGUUGUUGGUCGUCAAAUCAAACAUCAUUUAGUGAUAAUUGUUCUCAGUGGUUGACUUGGCCACAGCUGUUUGGAGCAUCAGACGACUCGGCCGGCGGAUAUAUCCUUUCCUACCUAUUUUACGUUUUGUGGGCCGUUUCGUUCGGUGCUCUUGCCGCUAUCCUUGUGAGAAUGUUUGCCCCUUACGCUUCCGGUGGGGGUAUUCCAGAGAUCAAGACUAUUUUGAGUGGUUUUAUCAUUCGAGGCUUCCUUGGCAAAUGGACCCUUUUGAUUAAAUCAAUAGGUAUUAUGCUAGCCGUAGCUGCCGGAUUGAGCUUGGGUAAAGAGGGACCCAUGGUUCAUAUUGCUAUUUGUCUUGGCAACAUAUUUUCUUAUCUGUUUCCAAAAUAUGGCCGGAAUGAGGCAAAAAAACGUGAAAUUUUGUCAGCUGCAGCAGCUGCCGGAGUCUCCGUAGCAUUUGGCGCGCCCAUCGGUGGAGUUCUUUUCAGUUUGGAAGAGGUCAGUUACUAUUUCCCGAUGAAAACUCUGUGGCGUUCUUUUUUCUGCGCCUUGAUUGCCGCUUUCAUCGUUCGUACAAUCAACCCGUACGGAAACGAGCAUUCGGUACUUUUUUACGUCGAAUAUAACAAGCCUUGGAUCUUCUAUGAACUAAUUCCGUUCACAGUGCUCGGUAUUCUAGGGGGACUGAUUGGUACUCUGUUUAUUCGAGCGAAUGUUUGGUGGUCUCGUUACCGCAAAGGAUCUCGUCUUGGUCAAUAUCCAGUUAUGGAAGUUUUGGGCAUCACCCUUAUCAACGGAAUCUUGGCAUAUCCAAAUCCCUACACUCGAAUGAGCUCGACGCGCUUGAUCUAUUUACUGUUUAGUCAAUGUGGUGUGGCCAACACCGACGACCUGUGCGAUUACCACCGAAACGUCACCGAUUCCAGCUCAGCCGUUGAAUUUAUAGAAUCUGGUCCUGGAGUCUAUCGUGCACUUUGGAUGCUGGCCUUGGCCCUCAUCUUCAAGUGUGUGAUCACCGUUUUCACGAUCGGCAUCAAAGUACCAGCUGGUCUGUACAUUCCUUCUCUUUGUAUGGGAGCCAUUAUGGGACGCAUUGUUGGGAUCGGCAUGGAACAACUGGCCUAUCAUAAUCCCCAUAGUUGGAUAUUUCAUGGCGAAUGCUCCGCUGGAGGCGAAGAUUGCAUUACUCCCGGACUGUAUGCCAUGGUGGGAGCGGCAGCUGUCCUUGGGGGCAUCACGCGGAUGACAGUUGCUUUGGUGGUCAUCAUGUUUGAGCUUACGGGAGGUGUACGAUACAUUGUGCCGCUCAUGGCUGCUGUAAUGGCAAGCAAAUGGGUGGGAGAUGCCUUUGGCAAAGACGGCAUUUAUGAUGCCCAUAUCGUUCUAAAUGGGUACCCGUUUUUGGACAACAAGGAAGAAUUCGGUCACACCACAUUAGCGGCGGACGUCAUGCAACCCAAGGCUAGUAAGCCUCUGACUGUGUUGACGCAAGACACAACAAGCUUAGAAGGAGUCGAAAUGUUGCUCAAAGAAACGGAUCACAACGGAUUUCCAGUCGUUGUGUCGAGAGAGUCACAGUUCCUUGUCGGCUUUGUUCUUCGGCGUGAUCUGUCCCUUGCCGUCGCUAAUGCCAAAAGGACCAUGGAAGGACUGAGGGACGAUUCACUAGUCUUAUUCACACCUAAUAUCCCUUCACCUUGGCACGGAUCACCGCCAUUGAAGUUGAGACGCAUUUUGGAUCUAGCACCGAUCACAGUGACGGAUCACACGCCGAUGGAAACCGUCAUCGACAUGUUCCGGAAACUCGGCUUACGUCAAGUCCUCGUCACACAUAACGGGCGAUUACUCGGCAUAAUAACCAAGAAGGACGUUCUACGGCACAUGAAGCAAAUGGAUAGCGAAGAUCCAGAUGCAGUCAACGCAAACUAAAAAAAAAAAAAAAAGCCAAAGCCGGUCGAAAA